AAAAGCAAUUAGCAUUAGUAUAUUGCAAAGGAGUUUAUCUCUAUGACUAUAUCGAUUCUCAUGAUAGGUUUCAGGAGACAGAACUUCCUCCUAUUCAUGAAUUUUAUAGAACUCUUAAAGGUGAAUACCAUGAUCUCUAUCUUAAAAUUGACGUAUUUAGUCUAACAGAUGUUUGGACGGAAUUUCGAAAAAUGUCUAUCAAAUAUUAUGAACUUGAUCCCAGUCACUAUGCUUCUACUCCAUCACUAUCCUGA